AUGCUUGAGCACGAGUCCAAGAUCGGGAACGAUUCGGAGGAAGUGAAGAGAUGGAAGAAAGCUCUUUUCGAUGCUGCUAGCUUGUCCGGGUGGCAUCUGAAAGAUGAAAAUGAGUCAGAGUUUAUACAAAGAAUUGUGAUGGAAAUCUCCACUCACGUAAACCGAGCACCUUUGCAUGUUGCUAAGUAUCCAGUGAGGAUAGAUUCCCAAGUUGCAAAGUUGGAAUCGAUUUUAAACCUUCAGUCCGAUGACGAUGUUCUCAUGGUGGGAUUAUGGGGAAAAGGAGGCAUAGGAAAGACGACUUUAGCCAAAUCCGUUUAUAAUAAAAUUUUCAAGCAAUUUGAGGGUUCAUGUUUUCUGCUGAAUGUUCGAGAUGCUUCAAAAAACAGCAAAGAUUUGGCUACUUUGCAAGAAAACUUGCUAUUUGAGGUGUUAAAACUCAAAGAAAGAUUAGUAGUGUCCAGUGUUGAUAGAGGUAUUAAUCAAAUACAAGAGAGACUUUGUCGCAAAAAAGUUCUCCUUAUCUUUGAUGAUGUGGAUGACUUGCGCCAGUUAAAUGCUUUAGCAGGAGAAUGCAAGUGGUUUGGUAAUGGAAGCGGGAUCAUCGUCACUACAAGAGAUAGGCAUGUAUUGACUAGUCACGGGAUAGAUCUAGAUCAUGUUUAUGAAGUUAAAGAACUGGAUAAGGAUGCAGCUCAUGAGCUACUUAGUAAGCAUGCUUUUCCGACACACCAAAAAUUUGAAAUUAGGACAGAUCUAGUGGAUGGUGUUCCGAAUCAUGCUAAAGGUCUUCCUUUAGCACUUGAGGUGCUAGGUUCCUUCUUACGUGGUAGAAGAGAAGAUGCAUGGGAAAGUGCAAUGGAUAAAGUUUCUAUGUCUCCUAAGAAAGACAUCAAUGAUGUGCUUAAAAUAAGUUAUGAUGGACUAGAGACAAAUGAGAAAGAGAUUUUUCUUCACAUUGCCUGUUUCUUUAAGGGGCGCGAAACUAAGUAUAUAGAGAACGCUCUUGACAGUUGUGAUUUUAAGGUGGUAAUAGGAUUACAAAUUCUCACCGAGAGGUCCUUGAUAAGCAUUGAGUCCAAAAAUAUAGUAGAAAUGCAUGGCUUGAUUCAAUUGAUGGGUAUGGAUAUUGUGAUCCAAGAAAGCGCCGAUCCCAGGAGACGCGACGGGCUAUGGUUUUGUGAUGACGCUGUUGAAGUUGUGUCUAGUGACAUGAAAUGGUCUUGUUGCGGAAGUCUUCUCCCCGGAGGAGAGAUGCCACAGUGGAUCCUUCCUCAUGAAGAGCGCUCCGUAUCUUUUAUGGCUUCGAAGGACAUAUACGACAAAAUUCUUGGAAUGGUUCUAUGUUUCGUUUUUCGUCCUGAUGAACAGGGAACAAAACCCGAGUUUCGGAUUUCUGCACAUGUUAAUGGUGAAAUGCGGAAAGCCGAUGGAGUAGGGUGUUCCCAUUCGUUGGAUUCGGAGCAUGUCUUACUUCUGUAUUUCAGACCAACUAAGCUGUGGGGAGCAGUCGAUUUUUGUGAAAUUGAUGGAAAUUAUGCAGAGUUUGGGGUUACAAUAUCAGGUGGAAAUAUGACAAAGUUGGGAUCCCAAAUAAUAUGCAAGCAUCUAGGGGAUGAUGCUGAGCUUCGAGACAAUCAGCUGAUUGAUCUAGCUUUAUUCUACGAGGUUGAUUAUGAAUCAACAUAUUCUGUAGCUACAAGUUCACUUAUGCACGAAGAUAGUUCGAGCGAAGCAGAUCAGCAGAAGGACUAG